UGCAGAUGCAGCGUGGGCUUGGACUGCCCCAGCCGUCAGCUGUUCAGGUUGAGGACUCUCCAACAUACCCUCUGCCUUCCUCCCUGGAGCUCUGUGCCCACUGAGCCAAGAUGGCGCAGAAAGGCCAACUCAGCGAAGACGAGAAGUUCCUUUUUGUGGACAAGAACUUCAUCAACAGCCCCGUCGCGCAGGCAGACUGGUCAGCUAAGAAACUGGUGUGGGUCCCCUCAGAGAGACAUGGGUUUGAAGCUGCGAGCAUCAAGGAGGAGAAAGGGGAGGAGGUCCUGGUGGAGCUGGCCGAGAAUGGGAAGAAGGUCUCCUUCGGCAAGGACGACAUCCAGAAGAUGAACCCCCCCAAGUUCUCCAAGGUGGAAGACAUGGCCGAGCUGACCUGCCUCAACGAAGCCUCAGUCCUACACAAUCUGCGGGAGAGAUAUUUCUCAGGCCUCAUUUAUACUUACUCUGGCCUCUUCUGCGUGGUGGUGAACCCCUACAAGCAGCUGCCCAUCUACUCGGAGAAAAUUGUCGACAUGUACAAAGGGAAGAAGCGCCACGAGAUGCCCCCCCACAUCUACGCCAUCGCUGACACAGCAUAUCGGAGCAUGCUGCAAGAUCGAGAAGAUCAGUCCAUCUUGUGCACGGGAGAAUCGGGGGCCGGCAAAACAGAAAACACCAAGAAGGUGAUCCAGUACUUAGCCGUCGUGGCCUCCUCCCACAAGGGCAAGAAAGACGUGAGCAUCACGGGUGAACUGGAGAAGCAGCUGCUGCAGGCGAACCCCAUCCUGGAGGCUUUUGGGAACGCCAAAACGGUGAAGAACGACAAUUCGUCCCGCUUUGGCAAAUUCAUCCGCAUCAAUUUUGACGUCACUGGCUACAUCGUCGGAGCGAACAUCGAGACCUAUUUGCUGGAGAAGUCGCGUGCCAUUCGGCAGGCCCGAGAAGAGAGGACUUUUCACAUCUUUUACUAUUUGCUUGCUGGAGCCAGUGACAAGAUGAAGAAUGAGCUGCUGCUGGAAGGUUUCAACAACUACACGUUCUUGUCCAACGGCUACGUCCCCAUUCCCUCCCAAGAAGACCACGAGAUGUUCCAGGAGACCUUGGAAGCCAUGGGCAUCAUGGGCUUCAACGAAGAGGAGCAAGUCGCUAUGCUGAAAGUUGUCUCGUCUGUUCUUCAGCUUGGAAACAUUGUCUUUAAGAAAGAAAGGAACACUGACCAGGCGUCCAUGCCCGACAACACAGCUGCACAGAAAGUGUGCCAUCUUAUGGGUAUCAAUGUGACAGACUUCACCCGGGCCAUCCUAACCCCAAGGAUCAAGGUGGGACGGGAUGUCGUCCAGAAAGCUCAGACCAAAGAACAGGCUGACUUUGCAAUAGAGGCUUUAGCCAAAGCAACGUACGAACGCCUCUUCCUCUGGAUCCUCAGCCGGGUCAACAAAGCUCUCGACAAAACCAAAAGACAGGGCGCUUCCUUCUUGGGAAUUUUGGAUAUCGCUGGCUUUGAGAUUUUUGAGGUCAACUCGUUUGAGCAGCUGUGUAUCAAUUACACCAACGAGAAACUGCAGCAGCUUUUCAACCACACCAUGUUCAUCCUGGAGCAGGAGGAGUAUCAGCGGGAAGGCAUCGAGUGGAACUUCAUCGACUUUGGACUCGACCUGCAGCCCUGCAUCGAGCUCAUCGAGAGACCUAACAACCCCCCGGGCGUCUUGGCCCUUCUGGACGAGGAGUGUUGGUUCCCCAAGGCGACCGACACCUCCUUCGUGGAGAAGCUGGUUCAGGAGCAAGGCAACCACCCCAAGUUCCAGAAGCAGAAGCAGUUGAAGGACAAGACGGAGUUCGCCAUCAUGCAUUAUGCAGGGAAGGUUGACUACAAUGCGAGCGCCUGGCUGACCAAGAACAUGGAUCCACUGAAUGAUAAUGUCACAGCCUUACUGAACCAAUCCUCUGAGAAGUUUCAGGCAGACCUUUGGAAAGAUGUGGACCGGAUUGUGGGGCUGGACCAAAUGGCAAAGAUGACAGAGAGCUCCCUCCCGAGCGCUUCGAAGACCAAAAAGGGCAUGUUCCGGACUGUCGGGCAGCUGUACAAAGAGCAGCUGACCAAGCUGAUGACCACCCUGAGGAACACGAGCCCAAACUUCGUCCGCUGCAUUAUCCCAAAUCACGAAAAAAGGUCAGGGAAACUGGAUGCCCACUUGGUCCUGGAACAGCUCCGGUGUAACGGUGUCCUGGAGGGAAUCCGAAUCUGCCGCCAGGGCUUCCCGAACAGGAUUGUGUUCCAGGAAUUCCGCCAGCGCUAUGAAAUUCUUGCAGCGAAUGCUAUCCCCAAGGGAUUUAUGGACGGGAAGCAAGCUUGCUUUCUUAUGAUCAAAGCCCUGGAACUGGAUCCCAACCUGUACAGGAUCGGGCAGAGCAAGAUCUUCUUCCGAACCGGAGUUCUGGCCCACCUGGAAGAGGAACGAGACCUGAAGAUUACAGAUGUCAUCAUAACCUUCCAAGCCCAGAGUCGGGGUUACUUGGCCAGGAAAGCCUUUGCCAAGAGGCAGCAGCAGCUGACAGCCAUGAAAGUCAUCCAGAGAAACUGCGCCGCUUAUCUGAAGCUGAGGAAUUGGCAAUGGUGGCGACUCUUCACCAAAGUAAAGCCGCUGCUGCAGGUCACUCGCCAAGAAGAAGAAAUGCAGGCCAAAGAUGAAGAGCUCAAGUCAGUGAAGGAGAGGCAAAUAAAGGCCGAAAAUGAACUGAAGGAGCUGGAGCAGAAACACAACCAGCUGAGUGAAGAGAAGAACCUUCUCCAGGAGCAGUUGCAGGCUGAAACGGAGCUGUACGCGGAGGCCGAGGAGAUGCGCAUCCGCCUGGCCGCCAAGAAGCAGGAGCUGGAGGAGAUCCUGCACGAGAUGGAGGCCAGGAUCGAGGAAGAGGAGGAACAUGGGCAGCAGCUGCAGGCUGAGAAGAAGAAGAUGCAGCAGCAGAUGCUGGAGCUCGAGGAGCAGCUAGAAGAAGAAGAAGCCGCCAGGCAGAAGCUGCAGCUGGAGAAAGUUACUGCCGAGGCCAAGAUCAAGAAACUGGACGAUGACCUCUUGGUCAUGGACGACCAGAACAACAAGCUGAUCAAGGAAAGGAAACUCAUGGAGGAACGAAUAAGCGACCUGACGACCAACCUGGCGGAAGAGGAGGAGAAGGCCAAGAACCUGACCAAGCUGAAGAACAAGCACGAGUCCAUGAUCUCUGAGCUGGAAGUCCGGCUGAAGAAAGAAGAGAAAGGCCGGCAGGAGCUGGACAAGAUGAAGAGGAAGCUCGAGGGGGAAGCCAGCGACCUCCACGAACAGAUCGCCGACCUCCAGGCCCAGAUUGCGGAGCUGAAGAUGCAGCUGGCCAAGAAGGAGGAGGAGCUCCAGGCAGCCCUGGCCAGGCUAGAAGAUGAAAUCAAUCAGAAAAACAACGCUCUGAAGAAAAUCCGGGAGUUGGAAGCUCACAUCUCCGACCUGCAGGAGGACCUCGAUUCGGAGCGGGCCGCGCGGAACAAAGCGGAGAAGCAGAAGCGUGACCUGGGCGAGGAGCUGGAGGCCCUCAAGACGGAGCUGGAGGACACUCUGGACAGCACGGCCACCCAGCAGGAGCUUCGGACCAAGAGGGAGCAGGAGGUGACAGUCCUGAAGAGGGCUCUGGAGGAGGAGACCCGCAGCCACGAGGCCCAGGUGCAGGAGAUGCGGCAGAAGCACACGCAGGCGGUGGAGGAGCUGGCCGAGCAGCUGGAGCAGUUCAAGCGGGCCAAGGCCAACCUGGACAAGAGCAAGCAGGCGCUGGAGAAGGACAAUGCCGACCUGAGCGCCGACGUCCGGUCGCUCAGCCAAGCGAAGCAGGAGGUGGAGCACAAGAAGAAGAAGCUGGAGGGCCAAGUGCAGGAGAUGCAGUCCAAGCUGGCCGACGGGGAGCGCCUCCGGGUGGAGCUCAACGAGAAGGUCCACAAGCUGCAGACUGAGGUUGAAAACGUUACCGGGCUGCUCAACGAAGCCGAGGUCAAGACCAUUAAACUCACAAAAGAUGUGGGGACUCUGGGCUCCCAGCUCCAGGACACUCAGGAGCUGCUCCAGGAAGAAACUCGGCAGAAGCUCAACUUGUCCACAAAACUCCGCCAGGUAGAGGAUGAGAAGAACAGCCUGCAGGAGCAGCUGGAUGAAGAGAUGGAAGCCAAGCAGAACCUGGAGAGGCACAUUUCCACCCUAACUGUGCAGCUGUCCGACUCCAAGAGGAAGAUGCAGGAGUAUGUCAGCACCAUCGAAAGCACGGAAGAAAGCAAGAAGAAGCUCCAGAAGGAAAUCGAAGGCCUCACGCAAGAGUUUGAGGAGAAAUCGGCCUCAUAUGACAAACUGGAAAAAACCAAGAAUAGACUGCAGCAAGAGCUGGACGAUUUGCUGGUUGACUUGGACAACCAACGGCAGCUGGUUUCCAACUUGGAGAAGAAGCAGAAGAAGUUUGACCAGAUGCUGGCUGAGGAGAAGAACAUCUCUUCCAAAUAUGCCGAAGAAAGAGACCGGGCAGAGGCUGAAGCACGAGAGAAGGAAACUAAAGCGCUUUCGCUGGCCCGGGCCCUGGAAGAGGCCCUGGACACCCGGGAGGAGCUGGAGAGAACCAACAAGUUGUUGAAAGCGGAGAUGGAGGACCUCGUGAGCUCCAAGGAUGAUGUCGGCAAGAACGUGCACGAUUUGGAGAAGUCCAAGCGGGCCCUGGAGCAGCAGGUGGAGGAGAUGAAGACUCAGCUGGAGGAGCUGGAGGAUGAACUGCAGGCCACUGAAGACGCCAAGCUGCGGCUGGAGGUCAACAUGCAGGCCCUGAAGGGCCAGUUCGAGAGAGACCUGCAGGCCCGUGACGAGCAGAACGAGGAGAAGAGGCGUCAGCUCCAGAAACAGCUCCAUGAACUGGAGACGGAACUGGAAGACGAGCGCAAACAGCGGGCCCUGGCGGCAGCAGCCAAGAAGAAAUUGGAGGUCGACAUCAAGGACUUGGAAGGCCAGGCGGAUUCGGCCAACAAAGGCCGAGAGGAAGCCAUCAAGCAGCUACGGAAACUCCAGGCCCAGAUGAAGGACUUCCAGAGGGAGCUAGACGAUGCGCGGGCCGCCCGGGAAGAAAUCUUCACCACUGCCCGAGAGAACGAGAAGAAGGCCAAGAGUCUGGAGGCUGAGCUCAUGCAGCUGCAGGAGGAUCUAGCAGCGGCUGAACGAGCUCGGAAGCAAGCAGAGCAAGAGAAGGAAGAUUUGGCCGAAGAGUUGGCUAGCUCCACCUCUGGAAGGACAAGCCUCCUGGACGAGAAACGGCGCUUGGAGGCCCGGAUCUCCCAAAUGGAGGAGGAACUCGAAGAGGAGCAGGGCAACAUGGAAGCCAUGAGCGACCGCUUCCGGAAGUCCGUGCAGCAGGCAGAGCAGCUGAACAACGAAUUGGCCUCCGAGCGGGCCACGGCCCAGAAGAACGAGAGCGCCCGGCAGCAGCUGGAGAGGCAGAACAAGGAGCUGAAGGGCAAGCUGCAGGAGAUGGAAGGGGCCGUCAAGUCCAAGUUCAAAGCCACCGUCACGGCCCUGGAGACCAAAAUUGCCCAGCUGGAAGAGCAGCUGGAACAGGAGUCCCGGGAAAAACAGACGGCUGCAAAGACUCUGCGCCAAAAGGACAAGAAGCUCAAAGAGGUCUUGCUCCAGGUGGAGGACGAGAGGAAGCAGGCGGAGCAGUACAAAGACCAGGCCGACAAGGCCAGCACCCGGGUCAAGCAGCUGAAGCGCCAGCUGGAGGAAGCCGAGGAGGAAUCUCAGCGCAUCAACGCCAGCCGCCGGAAGCUGCAGCGGGAACUGGAUGAGGCCACGGAGAGCAACGAGGCCAUGGGCCGGGAGGUGUCGUCCUUGAAGAACAAGCUCAGGCGCGGGAACGAGCCCGUCUCCUUUGCCCCCUCUCGGCGCUCCGCAGGGGGCCGGAGGGCUUUCGAAAAUGCUGCCGAAGGCUCUGAAGAGGAAGCCGACAGCCGAGACGGAGACUUCAACGGAACCAAAGCCAGUGACUAAAACGCAAUGCUUCCCACGAAAAAGCGCCUGCAGCAGACAACCCAGACUCGAGGUGUGCGCAUGCACGGGUGUGGGGUGUCUGCUUCAGCACUGUCCGAGGCCAAAGCUCUGGGUCUCUGCCCCACCCCCCAUGGCAAUGGAAAGAUCACAGCUGACUUCUCCUCCUUGUGCACACACCAGACACUUGUGUGACCUCCACUGCGCGAGGCCUCCCCACAGGAGUCGAUACAGUGCCCCUGUGCCCCCUCCCGCCUCUCGCUUCCCCCCCCCCCACUCCAUUCUUAGGCGUUGUGUUUGGACGCUACACCCCACCCCCCACCAACGCCACUGAGUUCACUAGAUCAAGUGCCUUCCUUAGCCACUUUAAUUUUGUUUGGGCGGGCGGGGGAGGAGCUAAAAUAUUAAGUCAACAGUUUUUGAAUUUUUAAAUGUGCUUUUAAAACACACUAAUAAAAGGUUUAUAAAAUCA